AUGACCUUGUGCUUCCUGCGCCGGGAGUAUUGGGUCCCUCGAGGUCGGUCGUUGGUGAAGAAACACAUCAGCCGAUGUGUAAGGUGCACAAGAUGGCGAGCCGCCAUCCCACAGCCUCUCAUGGGCGAUCUCCCGGGGCCAAGGGUCACACCAAGCAGGCCAUUUCUGCACACCGGCGUCGACUACGCCGGUCCGGUUUGGCUGAGGACCUCGAAGGGCCGCGGACACAAAGCUACUAAAGGGUUCAUUGUGGUUUUUGUAUGUUUAGCCUCCCGAGCCGUUCACCUCGACGUAGCCUCGGACUACUCCGCCGACGCUUUUAUCGCAGCCUUGCGCCGGCUCAUCUCAAGGCGAGGGGUCUGCAUCAGCUUAUACAGCGACUGCGGUACCAACUUCGUGGGUGCGGACAGGCAGCUAAACUCUCUCUUCUCCGCCGCCAGUGCCGACGGACGCCGCAUCGCCUCAUUCGCCGCACAGGAGAAGAUCCAGUGGCAUUUCAACCCACCGGCGGCACCGAACUUCGGCGGCUUGUGGGAAGCCGCGGUUAAAUCGAUGAAGCACCAUCUGCGACGAGUCAUCGGUGAUGCGACCCUCACCUACGAGGAGCUGGCUACGCUCCUCUCGCAGAUAGAGGCUUGCCUCAAUUCACGACCUCUGCAGUCCUUGUCCGAUGAUCCUGAGGACGUCGCAGCUCUCACACCGGGGCACUUCUUGAUCGGUUCCGCUCUCUCCGCAGUACCGGAGCCGUCGCUCGAACGAGAGCCGUCGACCCGACUAUCACGCUGGCAGCUCCUGCAACAGAUGAGGGACCAUUUCUGGUCUCGGUGGUCCAGCGAAUACUUACAUACGCUGGCCCAUCGGCCAAAAUGGUCCCAAGUCAACCAGGAGGCUCACGUCGGGCGUCUGUGUCUACUCCGCAGCGAAACCACCCCACCAACGCGGUGGCCGCUCGCGCGCAUCACUCGGCUGCAUCCCGGAUCCGACGGCCACGUGCGCGUCGUCGAUAUACGUACCGCGAGUACGAGUUUAACGCGCCCCGUCAGUAAACUUGUGUUCCUGGGCGGCGACCACGAAACUUUACGAUAA